AUGAGUUUCUUAUUCGGUGGAGAUAAAAGAUCUCCCUAUGAAAAAGCUAAAGAACAGACACGAGGUUUUAGUGCACAAAUUCGACAGGAAAAACGACAAUUAGAUCGACAAAUUACUCAAUCUGAUCGUGAAAUUCAGCGUCUGUCAGCUGAUAUUCGUAAACAUGCUUUAAGCAAUAAUAAAGAUGCUCUUCGUGUAUUAGCAAAAGGAGUUGUUAAAAUAAAACAUAACAAAAGUAAUUUAUAUUCAGCAAAAGCUAAUCUUGAUAUAAUUGAUAAUGCUGUUAAAAAUCAAUUAACAAAUGUAAAAUUAAGUGGUAUAAUGCAAACAAGUGCUGAAGUAGCACGUUCAAUGUCAGAAUUAAUGAAACUUGAACAAUUUCAAUCAAUAUCGGAACAAUUUUCAAAAGAAUUGGUUAAAAUGGGUAUUAUAAGUGAAAUGACAAAGGAAACUAUUGAUGCUGCUUUUGAUAAUGAUGAUCUCGAAGAAGAAACUGAUGAAGAAAUAGAUAAAGUAUUAAAUGAAAUUCUUUUGAAUAAAGUCAAUAAAUAUCCAAGUGUUCCUGUUAAUCCAACAAUAAUUGACACAGUUGAUGUUGAUAAUGAAGAAGAAGAAAUGGAAAAACGUUUAGAAGCAUUGAGAAAUUGA